AUGAACUCAAGUACCGAUUCUUACAGUGAUAGUGACGACAGUUUGUUGGCAUACAGUACAUCCUCAUCUGAGACUGAUGAUGAGAUUGAUGUAACUAAAUGGACAACUACUCCAACAAUCAAUAGAGAUCCAUUUCAGUUAGUUGGCAACCGUGAAGUUUUAGUCGAAAAAGCACAAAGUCCUAUUGAUUUCUGGAAUCAUGUUUUUCCUCAGCAUCUCGUACAAAUAAUUGUUCAUGAGACAAAUCAAUACGCUGAAAAUAUAUGCAAUGAGCCUCAUUCUCGACGUUCACGCGUGAACCAAUGGGAGAGAACCAGUAUUGAAGAAUUUAAUGUUUUCCUUAGUUUACUGAUAUUACAGGAAAUUAUAAAGAAACCAGAGCUUCAAAUGUACUUCACAACUGAUGAGUUAUUAGCUACGCCGAUUUUCAACAAAAUUAUGACAGUCGACAGGUUUCAGUUGUUACUUAAGAUGUUACAUUUUCAAACCGAUCAAGAUUCAGACAACACAUUGAAAAAGAUUGUGCCAGUUGUUGAGAUUUUACGUUCAUCAUUCAAGAGACUCUACAGACCAGGAAGAGUUUUGAAUGUUGAUGAAAGUUUACAUUUAUAUAAGGGCCGUCUAUUUUGA